GACUCUUUUUGGCUCCUCUCAGCACCUGUAGUUGGUUUGGCAGCCCGAUUGUUUUGGCAGUUUCUGAAAGGCAUUAAGUGUCGGGUCGAAAACCUGCUACAAGCUGUGGCAUCAUGUCUGACAAAAGUGAGCUGAAAGCAGAGCUUGAAAGGAAGAAGCAACGCUUGGCCCAAAUCAGAGAGGAGAAAAGAAGAAAGGAGGAGGAGCGCAAGAAGACGGCAGACCAGCUGAAAGAGACUGUAAUUCACCAAGAUGAUUCUGACCUGGAGAAAAAAAGACGUGAAGCUGAGGCUCUUCUGCAAAGUGUGGGCAUCACCGCAGAUGUAUCUGUUGUCCCUCCUCCCAUGUCUCCAACUGCCAAAUCGGCGGGCACGCCAAGUGAGGCAGGGAGCCAGGACUCUGAUGGAGCCGUGGGACCCAGGACUCUGCACUGGGACUCUGACCCGUCCACUCUUCAACUUCACUCUGAUUCUGAGCUGGGGUACUGGACAAUCUCUUCUCUCCUUUCCUGGCGUGGAACUCCAAAGCUGGGAAUGGCCAAAGUCACACAAGUGGACUUCCCACCACGUGAAACUGUGUCCUACACAAAAGAGACCCAGACACCUGUCAUGACCCAGUCGAAAGAAGAGGAAGAAGAAGAGGAAGAAAUUGCUCCAUCUCAACCGGUAGUUGAGAUUCAAACUGAGAAACUGGACCAGAAGGAGGAGGAAGAAGUACCCCCCCACGAGCUGACAGAGGAGGAAAAACUGCAGAUCCUGCACUCGGAGGAGUUUGUAAAUUUCUUCGACCACAGCACUCGCAUUAUUGAGCGUGCUCUGUCUGAGCAUGUGGACCUCUUCUUUGACUACAGUGGCCGUGACCUGGAGGAGAAGGAGGGUGAAAUUCAGGCCGGAGCAAAGCUCUCGCUUAACAGGCAGUUCAUGGACGAGCGCUGGUCCAAACAUCGUGUUGUCACCUGCCUGGACUGGUCUCCCCAGUAUCCUGAGCUCCUGGUUGCCUCAUACAACAACAACGAGGACGCUCCUCAUGAGCCAGACGGCGUGGCUUUAGUGUGGAACAUGAAGUACAAGAAAGCUACACCGGAGUACGUCUUCCACUGUCAGUCUGCUGUCAUGUCUGCUGCAUUUGCCAAGUUCCACCCCAACGUUGUGGUGGGGGGCACAUACUCAGGGCAGAUUGUACUGUGGGACAACAGGAGCAACAAGAGGACCCCUGUGCAGAGGACUCCCCUGUCAGCAGCAGCGCACACGCACCCGGUAUACUGUGUGAAUGUGGUCGGGACCCAGAACGCCCACAACCUGAUUAGCAUCUCCACUGAUGGAAAGAUGUGCUCCUGGAGUCUGGACAUGCUCUCCCAGCCACAGGACAGCAUGGAGCUGGUGUUCAAGCAGUCCAAAGCUGUAGCUGUCACCUCCAUGUCUUUCCCUCUCGGAGAUGUCAACAAUUUCGUGGUGGGCAGCGAGGACGGCUCUGUCUACAUGUCGUGUCGUCAUGGAAGCAAAGCGGGCAUUAGUGAGAUGUUUGAGGGCCACCACGGCCCCAUCACAGGGAUCCACUGCCACACAGCUGCAGGGCCGCUGGACUUCUCCAAUCUGUUUGUUACCUCUUCUUUCGACUGGACUGUCAAGCUGUGGACCACCAAGAACAAUAAGCCGCUGUACUCAUUUGAAGAUAACUCGGAUUACGUGUAUGAUGUCAUGUGGUCUCCGACUCACCCUGCUCUGUUUGCCUGUGUGGACGGAGUUGGUCACCUCGACCUGUGGAACCUCAACAACGACACUGAGGUUCCCACUGCCAGCGUCACUGUACAGGGUAACCCAGCCCUCAACAGGGUCCGAUGGGCUCAUUCUGGCAGAGAAAUCGCUGUGGGAGACUCCGAUGGACAAGUUCUUGUGUACGACGUUGGAGAACAAAUUGCGGUUCCACGAAACGACGAGUGGACCCGAUUCGUCCGCACACUGGCAGAGAUUAACGAGAACAGGGAUGAUGCAGAGGAGCUGGCAGCUCAGCGUCUGGCUGCAUGAGCUAAUCGCCACGGACGCACCGAUUAAGGGACCAGUUGUGUGCUUGUUAAUAUCAGCCAUGUUUUGAUAGAAGGAAAAGAUGUGAUGACAACACGAGCGGAGGAAAAGACGGAAGUGUUUAUCAGACAGAAGUACGGACAUCUUUUGAUUUCCAACACUCUUCUUGUUUAGACAACUGCCUUCUCAGUUAGCUGGAUCGUCACCAGUCUUCCUCGGGAUAACACAAGCGACAGGGCUAUCAACCUCAGACACUAACAUUUAAGCCAUAUUCACAAAACAGUCAUCCUUUCUUCUACCAGAUGCCUUAAAGUUUAGUUUUAAUCUUGAUUGUAAAACCCUUACCUGUCUUUAUUUACAGCAUGAUUAAAAAGAGCCUUAAUUUUGAGUUACGUCACACCAGUGCUCCACUCCACGUAUUGAUGAAGAUCAGUCAGAGCUGUUCUCUAUUGCCACCAAAGUUGAAGUAAAGCAAUCGCAUCUUUAAAUACCCAGGAAUGUAAUUAUCACAUAGCUGUAGCCCAUGUUGACAUCUCUGUUGCUUUAGAUCUGAUCACAUUAACAUUCACGUUUGUAAAAUAGUGAAAUGGUCUUUCUACUUCGAUAUCGUUUUAUACUGCACUUGUUUCCCGUUAAUCAGUGCAGCAUGAGUUAGUACUAAGAUUGGUGGAAUAUCCCCAAAUGUCUAAGAGGAUGAUCAUGUAUGCUGUAACUGCUCCUGUAUGUUGAUGGGAUCUCAAUGGUUUGUUUCCUCAAAGCUUGGUGUCAAAACUGAGAAUGUACUUUUCACAGUAGAAACAGUUUGAAUGAUUUAUUUCAAUAAAAUACAAUAAAUACAUUUAAAUUA